AUGGCCCGCAACAUCCGCUCGGUGGAUUCCGCCGAGUAUCAAAGCCCAUUUGGUCGUUCCUUCACAUCCAGCUCGCCCAUUGCCGCCUCAGCAAUUGCCCGAGACCUCGCAGACUACAGCGAGGAGGAUCGAACACCCACCGAUGAAGAUUCCGACACUUCAACAGCCCGCCGGAUCGACAGCUAUACCAGCACCAACCCCCGCUCUUUAGCCGGUUCAUAUCGCCGCCCGAGUUAUGUGACAUCUGUCAGCCAUGCGACUGUGGUCCCAUGGGCUGGGGAACAGCAAGCCAUUUCCCAAAGCGAGCGCGAUCAAGUCAUCGGAGAGGAACGGCAGCUACUGAGUGACAACAAUAUUAUCGGCCAAGGAUCCCGGUCUCGACGGCCAAGUGGAGCUUCUCGACGCUCGAGAAGCAGUGAUCAUGAGUCGGACGCGGCAAGCGAAAUCACUGCUCUACUUAGAGAGCGGACUUCCGAUGCCGAGGACAGUGGAUUGGACUCGGAAGAGAUUGAUCGGAAAUGGGGAGAGGCCGUCGCAGCCGGUUUGAUCCAGACGACAUGGCAGCGCGAAGCAAAGGUCAUUAUGAAAUACUCUUUGCCGCUCAUGGUCACUUUCUUACUGCAGUAUUCUUUGACUGUGGCUAGUAUCUUUACCAUUGGCCAUCUGGGAAAGGAAGAGCUUGGAGCUGUCAGUCUGGCGAGUAUGACUGUGACAAUUACUGGAAAUGCGGUGUACUCGGGUCUGUCAACUAGUUUGGAUACCCUCUGUGCGCAGGCCUACGGCUCUGGAAAGAGAAAGUUGGUGGGCCUGCAGAUGCUGCGUAUGGUGUAUUUCCUUUGGGUUAUCACCAUUCCGAUCAUGUUUCUCUGGUAUUUCUCUGAGCAUAUCCUUGCCAAGAUCGUGCCAGAGAAGGAGGUCGCCCAGAUGGCGGGUCUGUAUUUGAAGGUUGCUCUCUUGGGCACCCCGGGAUUCGCUCUUUUCGAGAGUGGCAAGCGAUAUCUCCAGGCCCAGGGUGUGUUUUCUGCCUCCCUAUAUGUCCUCAUUUUCUGCGCGCCACUGAAUGCGUUCAUGAACUGGUUCUUCGUCUGGAAACUUCAAUGGGGCUUCAUUGGGGCGCCAAUCGCCGUCGUAAUAACCGAAAAUCUCCUCCCGCUUUGCCUGUUCAUCUAUGUUUAUUUCUUCGUGGGAUCCGAGUGUUGGUGCGGAUUCACCAGACGAGCAUUCCAGAACUGGGGCCCAAUGAUCCGUCUCGCCCUCCCAGGGCUGAUCAUGGUCGAGGCAGAGUGCCUGGCAUUUGAAAUUUUGACGCUGGCAUCAAGCUACCUCGGCACAUCCGCACUCGCAGCGCAGUCCAUCCUAGCAACAAUCUCCAGCAUUACAUGGCAGAUUCCGUUCCCCCUAUCUAUUGCAGGUAGCACGCGGAUAGCAAAUCUGAUCGGGGCUACCUUGGUCGAUGCCGCAAAGACCUCUGCGAAAGUGAGCUUCUUCGGAGCAGCCAUCGUUGGCGUGUUCAACAUGGUCCUUCUCUCGACUUUGCGGUCCUAUAUCCCUAGGUUGUUCAGCUCCGAUCCCGAAGUCGUCGAAAUUGUAGCGCAGGUGCUUCCGCUCUGCGCAGCCUUCCAGCUUUUCGACGCUCUCUCGGCAAACUGCAACGGUAUUCUCCGUGGUCUGGGUCGCCAGGAGGUGGGCGGCUAUAUCCAACUCUUCUGUUACUAUGUGAUUGCCAUGCCGCUUAGUAUGGGAACAACCUUUGCUUUGGGUUGGGGUGUUAUGGGCUUGUGGACUGGAGUUGCGCUUGCAUUGGGCCUUGUUUCGCUCAUCGAGGCCACCUUUAUCAGUCGAGCUAAUUGGAAUCGCUCGGUCGAGGAAGCUAUCAAGAGGAAUGAGUUGACCUAA